GUCAAAGGUCAGGUGUAAAGCUACAAUGGCGGCGCUGUGUAGAACUCGUGCCUGGACAUCCAAGGGCCAUUUCUCUCGCCUUUUUCUCUUCUCCCGAUCCUGUCGAGGCGCCAGCAGUGACGGGGGAGCUGGGGGCGAGAGUUCCGAGUCAGGGGACUCCGCGGCGCGCUCAGGCGGCUUCGCCAGCGCUCUGGAGCGGCACUCGGAACUGCGGCGAAGGACGGAGCGCGGGCAGGGCUCUUCAAAAAAUGUGGAAUCCUUCGCGUCUCUGCUGAGGCAUUCUCCUCUUACACAGAUGGGCCCUGCCAAGGAUAAGCUGGUCACUGGGAGAAUCUUUCAUAUCGUGGAAAAUGAUCUCUAUAUAGAUUUUGGCGGCAAGUUUCACUGUGUAUGUAAAAGACCAGAAGUGGAUGGAGAGAAAUACCAGAGGGGAAGCAGAGUUCGGCUGCGGCUCUUAGACCUUGAGCUCACAUCGAGGUUUCUGGGAGCCACAACGGAUACAACUAUACUAGAGGCGGACGCCGUUCUCUUGGGCCUCCAGGAGACAGGCUCAAAGUCAGAAGAGGAGCACCAGGAAAAAAUAAGGGAAUUUGUGAAUUUUGCUUAGCAUAGCCACUUUUCUGACUGAACUAAAAUAUUCAAGAAUUCACCUAAAAACCUGAAUGCGUGACUGAAAGAAGACCUGAGUGAAAACCACCAUUAGAACUCUUUGUUAGAAUUUUCUUUCACAGUAUCUUCCUUCCUCCUGUACCUGUUCUUAGCUUAGUUGUCACUGAGAGGGCAUAAACUGUACUGAGAAAAUGUAUCACUCCAUAAGUAAGGUUUGAAUGUUCUCAUACUCAUCAGCAGUAAACAAAUUGGACAAACGUG